AUGGCUAAGGACGACGACAAGAAGCCCACGACUGCCGACAAAGGCAAGGGCAAGGCGCCAGCCGCAAACGAUGCAGACAAGAGCAAGGACGCAAAGCCCGAUGCAGAGGACAAGAAGGGCGGCGUGGCGACGACUGGCGAGGAGCUUAGCGAGGAAGAUCAACAGCUCAAGAGCGACCUGGACAUGCUUGCAGACCGAAUACUGGGAUCCGACACCAGCCUGUACAAGCCCGCACUCGACCAGAUCAAGGAAUUCAUCAAGACAUCGACGAGCUCCAUGACCGCUGUGCCCAAGCCGCUCAAAUUCCUCCGACCACACUACGAGAGCCUAGAGAAGGCCUACGCAUCAUGGCCAGCCGGUGAGAACAAGCAAUCGUUUGCCGAUAUGAUGUCCGUUCUGGGAAUGACAUACUCCGACGAGGAGCGCCUGGACUGCCUCAAGUACCGCCUCGAAGCCCCCUCCACAGAUCUCGGCUCAUGGGGCCACGAGUACAUGCGCCACCUUGCGCUUGAAAUUGGCUCCGAAUACCAGAACCGCCUCAAUGACGACAAAUCCACCGACGAUGUGACCGACCUCGCCUCGACCCUCGUUCCCUUCUUCCUUAAGCACAAUGCCGAGGCCGACGCUGUCGAUAUCCUGUCCGAGCUCGAGAUGAUUGACCAAAUUGAGCAAUACGUUGACGAAAACACAUACUCGAGGGUAGCGCUCUACAUGGUCAGGUAUGGACUCUUCAAGAUCAACGUACCCCUGCUCACAUACCCGGACAAUGACAAGUUCCUCCGCACCACCUACCGCAUCUAUGCCAAAUACAAGCAGUACACACAGGCCAUGGCGAUAGCCAUACGGUUACACGAGAAGGAGCUGAUCCAAGAAGCUUUUGAUGCCACAAAGGACAAGUCCAUUCGCAGGCAAAUGGCCUUCCUUUGCGGGCGACAGCGGAUAUGGUUCGACGUAUCCGAGGACGAAGACCCUGAAUUGCAGGAGUGUCUUAACAACACCCGCUUGCCUGAUCACUUCCGAGCGCUUGGCAAAGAGCUAAACAUCCUGGACCCCAAGUCUCCUGACGACAUUUACAAGACGCAUCUCGAGAGUAGCAGGACCGCCGGCCUCACCAACACCGACUCCGCCAGACACAACCUCGCUUCCGCAUUUGUCAAUGCCUUUGUCAAUGCGGGUUAUGCUAACGACAAGCUCAUGCUGGGUGAGGCUACUAAGACUAGCUGGGUAUGGAAGACCAAAGACGAGGGUAUGCUCUCAACAACCGCGUCCAUGGGUAUGCUUAUGCUCUGGGAUGUGGAAGAAGGUCUUGACAGAAUUGACCCCUACACCCAAGUCGAAGAGGACAUGGUCAAGGCUGGUGCCAUGCUCGCCACUGGUAUCUUCAACUCUGGAGUACGAAUGGACUCUGACCCCGCCAUGGCUCUCCUGGGAGACGAGGACAACAUAAAUUCCAAGAACAAGAACAUUCGCUUGGCUGCCAUCAUGGGUCUUGGUCUUGCAUACGCGGGGUCGAACAAAGAAGACCUCCUCGACGUCCUCUUGCCAGUGGUCAGUGACACCACUCUGGACAUGCAGCUCUCCGCCAUGGCAGCAUUGUCUCUUGGAAUGAUUUUUGUCGGCUCCGCCAAUGGAGACGUCACAGACGCCCUGAUGAACACUCUUUUGGACGAGGACCGAACCAAGCAACUCAAGGACAAGUGGACUCGUUUCAUGGCCCUUGGUCUUGCUCUACUCUUCUUUGGCCAACAAGAAGAGGUUGACGUCAUUCUGGAAACAUUGAAGGCGCUCGACCACCCCAUGGCCAAGUCUGCCUCUGUACUCACUGAGGUGUGUGCGUGGGCGGGUACUGGUGCUGUGCUGAAGAUCCAGCAACUGCUACAUAUCUGCAAUGAGCACAUUGAGGACGAGAGCGAGGAGAAGAAGGGCGACGAGCUCCUUCAAUCAUACGCGGUCAUUGGUCUUUCACUAGUCGCCAUGGGCGAGGAUGUCGGCCAAGAGAUGAUUCUGCGCACCCUCGGUCACCUGAUGCAUUAUGGCGAGGCUAACAUCCGUAAGGCUGUGCCUCUUGCUCUGGGUCUCAUCAGCCCUAGCAAUCCACAGAUGAAGGUCUACGACACCCUUUCAAGAUACUCUCACGACAACGACAACGAUGUCGCCAUUAACGCUAUCUUUGCCAUGGGUCUCUGCGGUGCCGGUACCAACAACGCUCGUUUGGCACAACUUCUACGACAAUUAGCCAGCUACUACCACCGCGACCCCAACGCGUUGUUCAUGGUCCGCAUAGCGCAAGGUCUCUUGCAUGCUGGCAAGGGCACGCUCUCGCUCAACCCAUUCCACACUGACCGCCAGGUCCUGUCUCGCGUCGCAGCUUCAGGUCUCCUUACCGUCCUUGUGUCUCUCAUUGAUGCCAAGUCCUUCGUUGCCGGCGACUCACACUACCUCCUCUACUACUUGGCUACCGCCAUGUCACCGCGCUUCCUCAUUACUCUCGAUGAGGAACUCAAGCCACUCACAGUCAACGUGCGCGUUGGUCAAGCAGUAGACAUUGUGGGUCAGGCCGGUCGCCCAAAGACCAUCACUGGAUGGCAAACACAGAGCACACCGGUGCUCCUAGCACACGGCGAGAGGGCGGAACUGGAGGACGAGAAGUACCUCAGCCUAACAAAUGUACUAGAAGGUGUGGUCAUUCUGCGCAAGAACCCAGAAUGGGAAGACUGA